AUGAAUCAAAACAAAGAUUUAUUAGAAUAUAGACUUUAUUCUACUUUAAAGAACGAUGUUUACUUUGGAAGAGUACAACCUGAAACUGUAGUCAACACCCAUGACAAUGAUUUCAAGAACUUCCAAUCGUUAUUCAAGAAAAGAUUUGGUGCUGUUCAAGACCCAGGAUUUUCAGAAUAUGUACAAAAAUACACUGAAACCCUUAGUAGACUUGGUGAUAUUUCGGAUAGUUUGUAUAAGAGCACCCAAGAAUACUACAAUCAUUAUGUUAGAAAUAAUAAAGAUAGUUCUUUCUCACCUUGUACUUUGGACUCCAAUGUUUCAAAGAGAAAAGUAAAUGGAAAGUUCACCCCACUUGUCAAAGCCGGUCUAAUGAAUUCUUUCCAAAAGGAUAUUUAUCCAACUAGAGAAAAGAAGUUGAAGCUUGCUAAAAAAUAUUAUCUGACCGAAAAACAAGUCAGUAUCUGGUUCACAAAUUCAAGAAAGAGAAGACUACAGAAAAAAUCCAAAUUAUAA